CAUUGUUUUUAUCUAUUAUGAAGAUCUCGUGAACUUUUACAGUGUAAUACUAUUAUUCCCAAUGUUUUGGUACAAGUUAUUUAAUUAAUUAAAAUAAUGACUCAAUUACUAUACAUUAUAUAAAACUCCUCCGUUUUAUGUAGCAGUUAUAAUUUUGAAAGCUUAAAAACAUGACAGAACACGAAAAAAUUAAAAACGAAAGUCGUCCGUGGAUUGAUCAGAUUCAAUCGUUCAAUGAAUUAUAUCGGGAAGAAGAAAACAAAAUAGAAGUUAGCCCAGGAAUAAAACUGGGAUGGGUCAAAGGCGUGUUGAUUCCAUGUCUACUCAGCAUCUGGGGCGUGAUGCUUUUCUUGCGGAUGCCAUGGAUUUUAGGACAAGCUGGAAUAUUUCAUUCAAUUAUUAUUAUUUUUAUUUCACUGAUUAUUAUUCUAAUCACCACUUUUUCAUUAUCUGCGAUCAGUACGAAUGGAAAAGUAAAAGGAGGGGGUCUUUAUUUCAUUAUUUCCCGAUCAAUUGGUCCGGAAUUUGGAGCGUCAAUUGGUAUUCUAUUAGCAUUUGCUAACACUGUUUCUGCGGCUAUGAACACAAUUGGAUUUUGUGUAUCUCUAAGAUCAUUGCUACAAUCAAGCAAUAUAACUCUAAUAGAUUCAAAUUUGGCAUUCAGAGGAUUAGGAGUAGUAUCUAUAAUAAUUAUGAGUAUACUCUGUUGUAUCGGCAUGGAUAGAGAAGCUGAAGUGCAAAAUGCUCUUCUGAUAGCGAUUAUUGUUGGUAUUUUUAACGUUAUUAUCGGUUCAUAUAACGGCCCAAAAAGUACUUUAGAAAAGGCAUCAGGAUUCACUGGAUUUGACAUGAAAACCUUCAAGCAAAACUGGUAUUCAGACUAUAGAAUUGAUAAUAACGUCCAACAAUCAUUUUUUACAAUUUUCGCGGUUUUAUUUCCCUCUGUAACUGGUAUACAAGCUGGAGCAAAUAUAUCGGGAGAUCUUAAAGAUCCUAGUGCUUCGAUACCUAAAGGAACAUUAUUAUCGAUUCUCAUUACUAUAACUUCGUAUGUAGUAUUAAUAGUAGUACCGGGAUCUGUUCAAUUGAGAGAAGCUAGUGGCAUUGAAAACGAAUUUCAAGAUGGAUAUUUUUCAAAUUGUUCAUUUAGAAAUUGCACCAAAGGAUUGUACAAUGACAUAAAUCUGAUGCAGUCGAUUUCGUUGUGGCCAAUAUCUAUAUAUUUUGGUUGUUUUGGAGCUACUAUUAGUACUGCUUUAACCGCAUUGAUAUCCGUUCCAAAGUUGUUACAAAGAAUGGGACAAGAUGAUGUUUAUCCACUCCUUAAAUAUUUAGCAAAAGGCUAUGGGAAAAGUAAAGAACCCUAUCGUGCUCAUGUUUUUGCCAUGGUUGUGUCAUCAAUAUUACUUAUCAUAGGCGAAUUAAAUGAGAUUGCUUCAUUGAUCUCAACUAUUUAUUUAUCUGCAUACGCCAUGUUAAAUUUGUGUACGUUUCAUGUUGCAUAUUGUAAGCCUUUGGGCUGGAGGCCAACUUACAAGUUUUAUAACAAAUGGUUAAGUCUGGCUGGAGCUAUUAUUUGCAUUUCAGUAAUGAUAUUUAUUGAUAAAAAAAUGUCAACAAUUGUUGGUUGUGAUGUAUGUGCCUUGUACAUACUCGCUCAUAGAAAAAAUGAAGAGAUAAAUUGGGGAUCUUCUAAGCAAACACAACAAAUAAAAACAGUUAUAAGAAACGUAUACAAAGCCGAUACCAUUCAAUACCAUAUCAAAAAUUAUUUGCCUAAUCUGAUUGUGUUUACGGGGAAUCCUGAGUCAAGAAAAAAGUUAGUUUCUUUAGCUCAUUUAAUCACUAAGAAUAAUGGAGUACAAAUGUGUGUUAAUAUAGAAAAGACAUCGCUUACACCAAGACAAAAGAAAAUAUGCCUCGACAAAGGAAUUCAAUGGUUAAGAAAUUCUGGAAUCAAAUCCCUCUAUGUUGUCAUUGAUAACAUAGAAUUAGAUUUAGCGACUCAUAUGAUAUAUAGCUGUGGUCAUGGACAAAUAAGACCAAAUAUAGCAAUGAUUGGAUACAAGUCCGAUUGGUUAAAUUGUCCAUAUCAAGAUCUUCAAACUUAUUUAAAUAUUUUCAAUGUGGCAAAUAUGAAUAACAUGUCAACAAUCAUGGUUCGUGUGUCAUCAACCGAGAGUUAUGAUGAUCAGAAUUUAUUAAUUCAAGAUUUUAAGCACUUGAAUAAAAAUGAAGAAAUUCCGUACAAAAUGCAAUCAAAUCAAAAUAUUAAAAAUCAACAAAAAGUGGCUGAUUGCUUUGUAAAAAUAAAAAACAAAGAAUUUUCAUUUGAGAAGAAGAAACGAAAUCAUGGGACAGUAGAUGUGUGGUGGUUGUACAACGAUGGAGGUUUAUCGCUAAUCAUUGCAUUUAUAAUAAAACAUAGUAUUACGUGGAAUAAUUGUAAAUUUCGAAUUUAUGGAGUAACAAAGAAAGUUGAAUGUUUAUCUGAAGAAAAAAACAAAUUAAAACAAUUAUUAUCACUGUAUCGAAUUGAUUUCGACUAUAUUGAUAUCAUUUUAGCCAACACUACUGGUCCUACAACAAUGACAUAUUUCAUUUCUUUAUUGGAACGCGCAGCUUCCAAAGAGAAUCAAUUUGAUGAUUACAAUUUACAAAAAGAACAUAUUGCUGAAACGUUAUUUUUGAGAGAUUUAAUUGAAUUGCAUUCAUUUAAUUCUGAUCUUAUCAUCUUAACGACUCCUAAAAAUAGCGAUGAAAUCAAUAUAUUAUUCAUGUGUUGGAUAGAAACGAUUUCUAGAGGGUUACCACCGUGUAUUAUAAUCAAUGGGAGUACUCAGCCAGUCCUUACAGUCAAUGCUUAAGCCAUAAAUAUAUAUUAUAUGCAAUAUGCAUUAAUUUUACUUUAUUUAUGUAUACAAUCACGCACUCUUGAAUUUCGUUUCAGAUUACCUAAUGUAGGUAGAUAUUAUUUUUUUUCACUCUGAGCUAAAUUGAACUGUGAUCAUUCCAAUCACUGAUUUCAAACCCAGUAUCCCCGAAAAAAAAUUCGUAACCGAUAUUUUAUUACUUAACAUAGACAUGAUAUAGUAAAAUCGAAACAAUACCGCUACAUAAGAACUUAGUAUUUUAUAUAAAGGAAUAUAUUCACAAAUAUUUUUCCACAUAACCAGUUAUUUUUCAUUAUAUACUCAUAAAAAUAAAACAUUUAAUUUUGAUUAAUAUUACAGAAUUCUAUAUUUUAAAAUGAAAAAUUAGUGAUAAAACGCAGUAUGAUACUUACAAUCUUACAAAAAUGAGCAUAGUUACACUUGUUUAAAAAAAAAAGUAAAGUAAACUUGUUUACACUGUAAUAACGGUAAACUAUUAAUAAUACCAAAGCACAUAUUUUCUAUAUCAAUUUGUUUUUUACUAUUUAUAAAUUUAUUAUUGCAAGUACAAUUUUAAUAAUGAUAAAAAUUACCUAUAUUAUAAACUAUUUUUAAUAUCUUAUAUUACGUUCCUUUUUUUUUCGAUAAAGAGACCUCAACUGAUGAUUCAGAUGCACUGAUAAAUACGUUUAUCUUAUAGUCUCAUUUUAUUUGUUCAUUUAUCUCUUAAAUUAGGUAUAGGUAUUGUAAUUUAUAAACUAUCAUGUUAUUAUCUUAUUUAUGCACUAAUAAUAUCUUUGCACACAAUCAUAUGUAUACAAUAUGUUUUUUUACUCAUUUCUUAAAAAUGAAAUAAAUAUAAUAUGUUUUAUAUU